AUGUCCGUACAAGCGGCUUAUAGUGUCUGGGUACAACGACUGAGGUUUUUACAGUUUGAGGAUGGCCCUUCUUCCCCUAAACUACCGAGAAGGUCCAAUUUUCCUACAAAGUCACCAAUUCCUCUGGUUCGCCGUGUAAUAGCAGUUUCGAGCGCAAAAGGCGGCGUUGGCAAGAGCACCGUGGCAGUCAAUUUGGCCAUAGCACUUGCUCGUCAGCCUUCAAAACCUCGCGUUGGAAUACUCGACCUCGACAUAUUUGGUCCCUCUAUACCCCGUAUCAUGGGUCUACGAGAUGCUCCAGAACCAGAAGUGACCCACUUCGACCGCAUUGUGCCCCUGAAGAACCAUGGUAUUCAGUGCAUGUCCAUGGGCUUUCUCCUCUCUCGUGAACCUGCAUUCCCGGCGAGUAAACCAACAACCAAUGGCGAGUUCCCUGGAUCCACUUGGAAGUCAAGCAACGAAGCUGCUCCAAUCGUCUGGAGAGGUCUCAUGGUCCAAAAAGCGACACAGCAACUUUUAUUUGACGUAGACUGGAGUGGUGGAGGAUCGGUUCCUAAUGGCGUUGAUGUGCUCGUGAUCGACAUGCCUCCUGGGACAGGCGACGUCGCUUUGACCUUGGGUCAGCUCGUCAAGGUCGACGGUGCCGUCAUCGUGUCCACUGCUCAGGACGUCGCGCUGGCGGACGUGAAGAAGGGAGUUGCCAUGUUUCAAAGAAUAAACGUUCCGAUCUUCGGCGUAAUGUUAAACAUGUCGCAUUAUACAUGUUCCUCGUGUACGACAAAGCACGACCUCUUCGGACCUUCUACCUCGCUGGAGCUUGCAGCCGAUGAAAUGGGUAUUAAAGUACUCGGAAGAUUACCGCUCGUCCCACAGUUGAGCAUGAGCGCAGACCGUGGUGUACCGCUUCUCCUGGAAGGAAGCUACGGCGAUACAGAUAGCGGAGUUGCCGAAGUGAAGGAGACGAUGAACACUCUGGCGGCAGAUAUCCUGCAUAGGAUAGUAUAG